AGCUGAACUGUCGGUCACUUUAUUUUUUAGUUACUUUGUGGGCAUGUGUGGAGAUGGAGCCAAUGACUGUGGGGCUUUGAAAGUGGCGCAUGCAGGAAUAUCACUGUCAGAGCAGGAGGCGUCUGUGGCUUCACCUUUCACAUCCCGAACCCACAGCAUAGCAUGUGUGCCAGAGCUAAUCAGGGAAGGCCGGGCUGCCCUUGUCACCUCCUUCUGCAUGUUCAAGUACAUGGCACUGUACAGCACCAUUCAGUACCUUGGUGUUCUCCUACUGUACUGGCAACUAAACUCCUUUGGGAAUUACCAAUUUUUGUUCCAAGAUCUGGCUAUUACCACUGUAAUUGGUGUGACAAUGAGCUUCACAGGUGCCUACCCAAAGCUGGUUCCCUACAGGCCUCCAAGCCAACUCAUCUCACCCCCGUUGCUGCUCUCUGUUGUACUUAACAUCCUCUUCAGCCUCAGCAUGCAGAUUUUCGGGUUUGUGGUGGUCCAGGAGCAGCCUUGGUAUUCCAAGACCGAUAUAUACAGUGCCUGCCUCUCAGUGAACACGGAGAAUUCUUCCUCUGUAUCCAAUCUGGAUUUCCAUCGGAGAGAUGGAGCCCAUGGGCAAACAGACAAUGGCUACAAGAGCUAUGAGAACACCACAGUGUGGCUGCUAAGUACCAUCAACUGCCUCAUCGUGGCACUAGUGUUUUCCAAGGGAAAACCUUUCAGGCAGCCCGUCUACACAAACUAUGUGUUCAUAUUGGUGCUUAUAGGGCAGCUGGGCAUUUGCCUCUUCUUGGUGUUUGCUGAUAUUGAUGAUCUCUACACUAAGAUGGAUCUUGUUUGUACCCCUACCACCUGGCGCAUCUCCAUGGUGAUAAUGCUUGCAGUCACAUUUGCUGUGUCCUUCCUUGUUGAGGAAGCUGUCAUCGAGAACAGAUCCUUAUGGCUGUUUCUGAAAAAGCCCUUCCAGUACCACUCAAAGAGCCAUUACAAGAGGCUGCAGCGAGCAUUAGAGCAGGACUCAGCCUGGCCACCUCUGAAUGAAACCUUUUUCUCAGAUUCUGUGGCAAUAUCAGUAGAAGGAAAUAUGGGAGGCCAUAGCAAUCCAACAUUUGAAGACAAUGAAGAUGCAUUCUGA